AAUCGGAGAAGUCGCAGAGCCCGGCCGACUACAUUACCCAGAAGCCUCGUGGUUCCGCUUUGUGUUUCUGCUUUUGGGCGCCUGGGGCCGCUGGACGUCCCCGAAGGCUGCGGGUUCGCCGGACCGAGGCAAGAGGGGGAAAUGGUCCCCGCCCGGCCACUCGCGGGUUGAGGAGGGGCUGCCCUGGCAGGGCGGCAGGCCAGCUGCGGCGCGGUGCACCGUUGGGAAGGGGUGCGUUGCCGUCCAGUCCUGCUGCUGAAUGUCCGUUCCAGAGGAUGAGGAGAGGCUUUUGCCGCUCACCCAGAGAUGGCCCCGAGCGAGCAAGUUCCUGCUGUCAGGCUGCGCGGCGACCGUGGCCGAGCUAGCAACCUUUCCCCUUGAUCUCACAAAAACUCGACUCCAAAUGCAAGGAGAAGCUGCUCUUGCUAGGUUGGGAGACAGUGCAAGAGAAUCUGCCCCAUAUAGGGGCAUGGUGCGCACAGCCCUAGGCAUCAUCGAAGAGGAAGGCUUUCUAAAGCUUUGGCAAGGAGUGACACCCGCCAUUUACAGGCACAUAGUGUACUCUGGGGGUCGAAUGGUCACAUAUGAACAUCUCCGAGAAGUUGUGUUUGGCAAAAGUGAAGAUAAGCAUUAUCCCCUUUGGAAAUCAGUCAUUGGAGGGAUGAUGGCUGGUGUUAUUGGCCAAUUUUUAGCCAACCCAACUGACUUAGUGAAGGUUCAGAUGCAAAUGGAAGGAAAAAGGAAACUUGAAGGAAAACCAUUGCGAUUUCGUGGUGUGCAUCAUGCAUUUGCAAAAAUCAUAGCUGAAGGAGGAAUACGUGGGCUUUGGGCAGGCUGGGUACCUAAUAUACAAAGAGCAGCGCUGGUGAAUAUGGGAGAUUUAACCACUUAUGAUACAGUGAAACACUACUUGGUAUUGAAUACACCACUUGAAGACAAUAUCAUGACUCAUGGUUUAUCAAGUUUAUGUUCUGGCCUGGUAGCAUCUAUUCUGGGAACACCAGCUGAUGUCAUCAAAAGCCGAAUAAUGAAUCAACCACGAGAUAAACAAGGAAGGGGGCUUUUGUAUAAAUCAUCAACUGACUGCUUGAUUCAGGCUAUUCAAGGUGAAGGAUUCAUGAGUCUAUAUAAAGGCUUUUUACCAUCUUGGCUGCGAAUGACCCCUUGGUCACUGGUGUUCUGGCUUACUUAUGAAAAAAUCAGAGAGAUGAGUGGAGUCAGUCCAUUUUAAGCCCUUAAAGAUGCAGCCCUUACAGAUACAAUGUUCAGUGUUAUUGAAAUGUGGGCAUCUGCAACACACACCCCCUAUUAUUUGUACCUUUUUAGGAAGACACUCCACAGAGACUGUGAUUUAUAGGGGGCAGCACUUUAUUUUACUCUGGAAACCUGAAUUCUCUUUGACUCCUCUUUUUGUCCAAAAGUGAUCUGGUUGGAUCUUACGAGGCUAUCCGUUGAGACCCAGCACAGCAUAUUCUAAAGAAGAAUUGAACCCUGACCACUUUCACCUUUGCUGAGAAGUUUGGCCUUUGAGAUGCUAUUCUGUGCUGAAGAGCCUGCUUAGAGGAGAGCCAGGAGGGAAACAGCAUCUCAGAUCUGAAGUAGACAGUAGGAAUGUGGAAGAAUAUAUACAUAGUGCUUAAGAAAUAUGUUCAACCUGUUAAUGUCAGUAUUUAUAAUUGAAGUUUGGCAGUUCACUUUCCUGUUGUUAAAGUGUACAUAUUGUAAAUUAAAGGCAGGUGAAUGAAAAUUAAUGAAUAAACAUUUUGAGAUUACCUAGUGUUGAAGGAAGUUAAUGUAUCUUUUCUUGUCAGGAGGAUGAAAAAAAGAAAAAUCAAGUUGAGAUGACAUUUGGAUUUCAAGGAAAGAAGCUGCUUUCUGCCAGUGCCCCCUCAUUAGAUCUGUGUAAAUUGGUUAGUACUCCACUGCAUGUGCUAGUAACUUUCCCUGACAGCCACAGACUCUGAAUCUUGAUGCAAAGAGAAGAACAUUUGUCUCCUUACAUAUCCCAUUACAAAUUUGGAUUUGCUUCUAGCUUUCAAGAAUCUUCAUACAUAAGAAUUGCAACUUACUUGAUUAAAACUCAGCUGUAAUUCCUUUCAUAAAGCACUUUUUGAUAACAUCAACCUUUCAGUGGUAUUUUAAGAGCAAGGCUGAUAUGAAGUCAGCCAACAUGCUUGUUUUCUUAUCUCCUUUCCCUAAUACUAAGGGCAAGAAAGAGAGAGAGAGAGAGAGAACUCAAACUGUCAAUAGUUGAAUCUUAUCAGUUUGACAAAGCUUCUUGCCUAAAAAGUGAUGAGUAUAAACUGUCUGUGGUACACACAUGUUUCCAGUCUUUGAAUCAAAUCCCUUUUCUUAUUUUAGAAAGAUAAGACAUUUCUUCAGAAUCACCUAUAUACCACCUGCUCCUCCAACCUCAGACAGAGGGUAUUUCUGGAUAGAUGGUUGUGGUUAUGAGUAAAGGCUGUAACUGUUAAAAUAAGAAAAGAAAAAAAGCUCAGGCCCAAGAAAGACUUUGGAGCCAACCAAACAGAAUCUGUUAUGAUGGACAUGGAUAAUGGUGAUCAGAAAAAAAGUUUACAAGUGCUUUGUGGUUGCACUCAUGUAUAAUCACUGCCAUUUGAGCGGGGGGGGAGGCAUAUUUUAAAAUAUAUUUUAAUGUGAUAUAAUAAUAUGCAGUGGCUUAUUGUUUUUCUAGUUGUAGAAUGUGGAGUUUCAUCUCUUCAAAUCGUUAGGUGGUCUACCUUUCCAUUGCAUUUGUCAAUCUGUAAUUGAGUUGUUAAAUAUACUUAAUAUAUAUUAUGUGCUUAAAUUCCCAAGUGUUCUGCAUUGAACUACUUUGGAGGAAUUUUGUUUUUUUAUGUUUUGUAAUUUUUUAAAUUAAGUAAAACUGGAACAAAAUAAUUACAUGCAAACUGAACUGUGAAAAAA